AGUACUGAACGUAACCUUGAAAAGCCCACCCUCGGAGCAUAAGUUCAAUCGCAGCGGGUGAAGUAACGUUUUUCUUGUAUACAGAGAUCAAAGGAUUCUAUUGUGACUUGCAAUUGUAGAUUAUAAUCUCUGAUAAAAUGUCUUCGUGAAAGAUCGGAAAAUUAUCAAGAAGUGACGUUUGGUUAUUGGUAUGGUAAGGUGCAAAUUAUAGGUUAGAGAAGAGUUCGAUAGUUUCGUUGGAAAACUACCAAAAUGUUCUUAAAAAAUUAAGCGGUGAAUAUCGCUGUUAUAUGCGAUAAUUAUUUUAUUAAAGUUAGCAUGGUUCAACGUCCAAUCGCGCCUAGGCGCAAUGUCAGAAUUUUAUUAAUCGGAGAUCGUGGAGUCGGCAAAACGUCGUUGAUAUUAUCUUUAGUUAGUGAGGAAUACGCGGAAGAUGUGCCCUUUAAAGCGGAAGAAAUUACUAUUCCGGCUGAUGUUACACCGGAGCAAGUUCCAACACACAUUGUAGAUUAUUCAGCUGCUGAACAAACUGAAGAUCAAUUAACUGAUGAAAUUCAAAAAGCACAUGUAAUUUGUGUUGUAUAUUCUGUGGUUGAUGAAGAUACUUUGGACAGAGCAGCUAAUUAUUGGUUACCAUUAAUUAGACGAUGUUCUUCAAAUAAUCGUUGUCCAGUUGUCCUUGUGGGAAAUAAAAUUGAUCUUGUUGAUUAUUCUACCAUUGAGGCUGUAUAUCCUAUAAUGAAAGAAUUUACUGAAAUUGAAAGUUGUAUUGAGUGUUCUGCCAAGACAUUACAAAAUGUUUCAGAAACAUUUUAUUAUGCACAAAAGGCUGUUUUACAUCCUACCACACCACUCUACAAUUAUGAUACUCAGGAGCUUACAUCUGAAUGUAAAGUUGCACUACAAAGAAUUUUCAAAAUAUGUGAUUUAGACAAUGAUGGUUUACUAAAUGAUAUGGAAUUAAAUGCAUUUCAACAAUGGUGCUUUAACACUCCAUUACAACCACAAGUUUUGGAAGAUGUAAAGGCUGUUUUAUCAAAAAAUAUUCAAGAUGGCAUUUGUCGAGGAUGUGUUACAAUGAAAGGUUUUAUGUACCUUCAAUGCUUAUUUAUACAACGAGGUAGAAAUGAGACUACUUGGGCUGUGUUGAGAAAAUUUGGUUAUGACAAUGAAUUACAAAUGUCCAAAGAAUACAUAUAUCCACCAUUAAAAGUUCCUGUUGGUUGUACGACUGAAUUAUCACAUAAAGGACAGGAAUUUUUAACAUUAUUAUUUAUGCAUCAUGAUCAAGAUAAGGAUGGUGCUCUUUCUCCAUCAGAAAUGAAAUCAUUAUUUUCACGAUGUUGUGCUCCCCCUUGGGAAGAGGAAUAUAAAUAUACUGUACCAACUAAUGAAAAGGGAUGGCUCACAUUUCAAGGGUAUAUGUGUCAAUGGGCGCUAUUAACUUUUACAAAUGUGCGGAAAACAUUAGAAUAUAUGGCAUAUCUAGGUUACAAUAUAUAUAAUAACGAAUGUCAAACAAAUGCGAUUCUUGUUACUCGUGAAAAAAAGUUAGAUUUGGCAAAAAAACAAUCGAGCAGGAACGUUUAUACUUGUCAUGUAAUUGGCCCAAAAAGUAGUGGAAAGACAACAUUAUGUAGAACAUUUAUUGACCCUAAACUACAGAAAUUGACCGAUAAAGUAGUGCCGCCGAAUUCACAUGUUACUGUAAACACAAUACAUGUAUACGGUCAAGAGAAGACAAUAAUUCUGCGAGAUAUAAACAUACUUAGUGUUCAGGAUACUUUAACUCCAGCACAAAUUCAAUGUGAUGUGGCAGCCCUCGUUUAUGAUGCUAGUAAUCCUAAAUCAUUUGAAUUUAUUGCACGAAUUUAUAUUAAAUAUUAUGCAGAUAGUAAGAUUCCCGUUCUUAUAAUAGCAAAUAAGAGUGAUCUUUCUGAAGUGAAGCAAGAUUACUUACUACAACCAGUAACUUUUUGCAAUAAGUACAAACUGAUGCCACCACAACCUUAUAGCAUCUCCCGUACAGUACGACGUGAAAUUUUUGUUAAACUAGCAACAAUGGCAGCUUUCCCUCCUUUGAGGCGUAUGGUCCACGUGUUGCUUGUCAAACCCUCACCCACUCAGUGGUGGAAUUCUUUUAAAAGACAUAUAAAUCAGUUUGGACUAAUACAAGGAGAUUCGAUCGUCUGGUGGAAGGCUGGUCUUGGAAUUGCAGUUGCUACUGUCGCUGGUUUUGUGGUGAUGCGCGUCUUAAAUACAGAGAAAAGAUAGUCUACCAUAUUCUUUUUCUUGCACAUUUAACUGCCUCUUUUGGUCGAAUAUAAAACCGUCUUUGAAA